AUGAGGCUCGGCGGCGUCUCCUUGCUGCUGCUGCUGCCGUUGCUGCUACAGAACGCGGCGGUCAGCGACGCCGCCAACAUCCUGGCCGUAGUCUGGCUCAUCUCGCUCAGCAACUUCGUCAUGCUGGGCCGGCUGUUCUCGGAGCUGGCCGCCAGGGGCCACAACGUCACCGUGCUGAGCCACUUCCCGCGGCAGUCGCCCCAGCCCAACUACACCGACAUCAGCAUCGCCGGCAGUCUGGCCUCUUAUGCCGACAAAGUAUACAAACAUCCGGAGGUGGAGAAGCUGGUCCACUCGCAAGACCACUACGACCUGGUGAUCGCUGAGAUCUACGUCGACAGCAUGGCCGUGUUCGCGCACAAGUUCCGAGCUCCUCUUGUUAGCAUCGUUACCAGUAUGGCGUUCCCAAGCGCCUACGACAGGGUACAAUGGGGAAACCCUGACCAUCCGGCCUACAUGGACUCGUACUUCUCUCCCCACUCGGCGCCCUUCACCUUCUGGCAGAGGGUGAAAAACUCGUUCCUGCACGUCGCGGCCCGCUUCUGCGACUGGUGGUUCGUAGAGCGAGGGAUGGACCAGCUGCUGGGAGAGGUGUUCGGCGAUGCAGUGCCCCUGAUUAGGGAGAUAAUGCGCCACACGAGUCUGCUGCUCGUCAACAGCCACUGGAGUUCCGGCAACCCCAUACCCACGGUGCCGGGUGUCGUUGAGGUGGGCGGCCUGCACGUCAAGGAGCCGAAGCGUCUGCCACAGUUUAUGGUAAUUUGGUCACUGAACGUGUUGCCGCUCGCAGACCACCCGCACGUGCGCGUCUUCAUCACGCACUCCGGCCUGAUGGGCACCCAGGAGGCGGUGGCGGCGGGCGUGCCCAUGCUCGCCAUGCCCAUGUUCGGCGACCAGUUCCUCAACGCGGACCGCGUUGUGGCCGGCGGCAGCGGCCUCAAGCUGCUCUACCGAGACCUCAGCCGAGGCACGCUGGCCGCCGCCCUCAACCAGCUGCUCAACGACCCGAGGUAUUACGAGCGCGCCAAGCAGCUGUCUCGGCUGUUCCGGGACCGGCCCCGGCCGCCGCUGGAGGAGGCGGAGGCGGUGUACUGGGUGGAGUACGUCAUCAGGCACCGGGGGGCGCCGCACUUGAGGUCCGCCGCGCUGGACCUGGCCUGGUACCAGUACCUGCUGCUAGACGUCGCUGCCUGCGUGGUGGCCACGAUGGCAGCGGCGCUGCUCGUCAUUCGCAAAAUAUCGUCCUGCUUGGUGGGGGCCUCUUGCCCCGUGCCGAAGGGGAAGAAGAGGAACUGA